AUGCCUGUGACACCCCGAAGACCCCGAGCACCCAUGUUGCCCACCUGGAAGCUGCCGGUGCUCCUGCUGGGCUCUGAGGACCCGCUGCCCACCACGGCCGCCCCGGGCGACGCGCUCGGCCUCGGCGCGCAGGUCCCGGCGCCGGCGCUCAACGGGACGCGGGGCCCCGCCGGCGAGUGCCCGGCCCCCGCGUGGCUGAGCGGCUUCAACGCGGCGCAGGCGCCCUUCCUGUGGGUGCUGUUCGCCGCGGCGGCGCUGGAGAACGCGGUGGUGCUGGGCGUGUUCGGGCUGCACCCGGGCGGCUGCACGGUGGCCGAGGUGUACCUGGGCAGCCUGGCGGCGGCCGACCUGCUGCUGGCCUGCGGGCUGCCCUUCUGGGCCGUCACCAUCGCGCACCACUUCGACUGGCUCUUCGGCGAGGCGCUGUGCCGCCUGGUGAGCGCGCUGGUCUCCAUGAACCUCUACGGCAGCGUCUACUUCCUGGUGCUGGUCAGCGUCGACCGGUACCUGGCGCUGGCCAAGACGCUGUCGCUGGGCCGCCUGCGGCGCGUGCGCUGGGCCAAGCUGCACAGCCUGGCCGUGUGGGGCUGCGCCCUGCUGCUCAGCGCGCCCAUGCUGGCCUUCCGCACGCUGCGGGAGUACGCGGCCGAGGGCCACAACGUCACGGUCUGCCUGAUCGCCUACCCGGGGCCCCAGCCGGCCCGCGCCUGGCCCGUGGCCACCAACGUGCUGCUCAACACCGUGGGCUUCCUGCUGCCGCUGGCCGUCAUCGCCUUCUGCACGCGGCGCAUCCUGGCGGCGCUGCGCAGCAACGACCUGCAGCGCUUCCAGGCGGCGCGCGCCGAGCGCAAGGCCACCUGGCUGGUGCUGGCCGUGCUGCUGCUCUUCGUGCUCUGCUGGCUGCCCUUCCAGCUCAGCACCUUCCUGGACACGCUGCUGCGCCUGGACGUGCUCUCGGGCUGCCGCGCCGAGCUGCUGGUGGACGUGCUCACGCAGGUCUCCUCCUUCGUGGCCUACAGCAACAGCUGCCUCAACCCGCUCCUCUACGUGCUGGUGGGCAAGCGCUUCCGCAAGAAGCUGGCCGAGGUGGUGUGCGGCCGCUGCCGGCGCGCCCGGCCCGGGCCCCUCGAGAGCUCCCUGGGCACCGUGCGGACCUCCAUCUCCGUGGACCGCCAGGUGCACAAGCUGUCCGAGUGGGGGAGGCGCGGCCACUGA